AUGCCUCGCCUCGAUACCCAUCCUUUAGCCUUAUUUUCCCUCAUACCCAAAAAUGAGCGGGCCAAAGCUGUGGUCGCCGAUCCGCUGAAUGACCAUCUUGCUUCGUUGUUAGGAGGUAUACCCGUACUCGACAUUGGUCUCAAUGUUCGCUCGAAAUCGUGUAAUACCCUUGCAACACUUGGACGGGGUGACGUUGAUGUCUAUGUGGCAGGUUCCAGUAUCUCCAAGACUCAGUGCUCGUUUGAGAGGGACCCAAACACGAAUGUUAUUAUGCUCUACGACAGGUCGCACAGUCAAACAACUCAGGUCUUUGGUGGCGAAGAUGACGAAUCCAUGCCAUUUGAGUAUGGACGCCUCCGCAAAGUUGUUGUUCAGGCUAAGGUCAACACUAUGCUUGGAAUGGGUGGAGAAGGGCGGAACUUGGUUUUAUUUGAGUUGAAAUGGCACCUCUCUGCCGCUGAGAUGAUAGGGAAGAACUGGAAAAACAUCUCCCCGGACAUAGAAGACAAUCCCCGCGUCGCUCGGACUAUCGACGACGCGGAAACUGUCUUGCCCUCUCGGCGAGAAACCAGGCCACACACGUCAGGACGGGUUGGGCUAAAGAUGAGAUACGCAAAAAUUGAUAGGAUUGGAUCCGGGAAAUUUGGGGAAGUAUACAAAGUCGUUGACGCGGACUUGGGCAAGCUCAUGGCCGUUAAGAUAUUAAAGACGCCAGUGAGUGGAGCAACAGAAGAACAAGCUAGGAAAUCGGUGUAUUAUGCACUGAAGCGUGAAGUAGAAACUCUUGCCAGGAUCACCCAUCCAUACAUUGUUGAUUAUAUCGCCUCCCAAGGCUGGGGCGGACCCAAGGUUGAGAUAUUCAUGGGUCUAAAAGAAGGGACAUUGGAGUCAUUAGUCGAGAUCGGGACUGCCACACGCUUCGAGUAUUCCCUUUUCCAUCAUAUGCUCCAAGCACUCGAUUGCCUUGCAUUCUACGGCAUCAUUCAUCGAGACGUGAAGCCGGAGAAUAUCCUCUACGUAACGGGUUCGGAUGGCCAGUAUGUAUUCCAGCUCGGAGAUUUUGGUCUUUGCAACCGUAAAAUCAUUGCCGAAUCUUGUGUCGGAACUUUAAUUUACAUGGCCCCUGAGUUAUUCCAGGAAAAGGAGCAAACCGAUAAAGUAGACGUUUGGUCGCUCUUUGUCACGAUGUUGUGGACACUUGAUACAGGAUUUCGUCAGAUGUGCAAAAGUUCCAACAGCGUAGGUGAGAUUCAAAAGGCUGUCUCGCUUGCGGCCUCGCAGUCACCCACUGUUGCACGAAUCAAAGAAAUGGCGAUCGUUGAUGCGGAAAAUCGUGCUUCAGCGGCGCAAAUGCUUCUCAAACACUUCAAAGGAGAAGGGCUCAGUACUCCUCAGAAUCAGGUCCCAGCUUUGCGGACCACUCCCGCAGCCCCGGCAACCCCCGUCUCUAGAGCAGGAGAGCCAAAAGGUCCACAAAAUCAUGCGAGUCCACCCUCAGCUGCAGGUCAAUACGGAGUCGGUAAAGCUCUUCAAGAUCCUUCGCAAAGACUAUCAUUAGAUCCAAUGAGCGAGGUGCGCCUGGGACAAGCAUUCAGUCCCCCAUUUGCAGAGAAUCCUCAAAUUCCUGGCGCAUUUCCAUCUGGCAACGCCCCAUUCGGCAACGCCCCAUUUGGCAACGCUCCAUUUGGCAACACUCCAUUUGGCAACACUCCAUUCGGCAACGCUCCAUUCGGCAACGCCCCAUUUGGGAACGCCAACCUUAGGCCGAGGAAGAGCAGAGAACGGGCCGGAAAGGGCAAAGAAAGGGCCUACUUUUCCUGA